ACUCCUAUGUAAGCAUGAAUAAAAAAAGAAAAAUGGAACAGUGAUCGAUUAGAAUUUAGCUUUAGUACUUAAUUAAAUCAUAAAUUAUAUAUCUUUCUCGACAAAGUACAAAAUGAUUAAUCAAUUCACUGUAAUGAAAGUAGCAUCUUGAUUAGAGUACCUCCAACAAAGAGUUUAAAAGAGAUUCUAAAGUCAGUGUUUUAGAAAAAGAGAAGAGAGAAGAGUUCUAAUGUUUAGAUUUUUUAGAACUCCAUUAAAAUUUGAUGUGACACUUGUAAACAAUAGAUUAGUUGAAUUUCUGUUUUACAAUUAACUUUUGAUUAUCUAAUUACAAUUUAUUAAAAUAUUAAUAUGUUUUCUGUUAAAGGAAUUUUUUGGAGUUCGGAGAUGUUUUUACCGACAUUAUAUAGAAAAGGAUUAAAAAAAAAAGAAAAAAUAAAAGGAUAAAAUCCUACUUCACAUUCUUUCAUCGUAAUUAUUUGACAUUUUUGGGUUUAGUGAUGGGCUUUUUUAAAAUGGGGAUAUUCAACCCUUACAUAUUGUUAAAAAUCUUGGAGAACACGUAAAUUCAUCUUUCCAUUUUCGUAAUACUUUUCUUUCUUUCCACUUUUAAUUUCGUUUAAAGAAAAAAAUAUAGGGUUUAAUGGACGUUCUUUGAUUCUACUUUCUCAUACAGUUGUACAAGUCAAAAAAAGAAGAAGCAAAACCAAUGGGAACUCCAGAUACUACAAGAGAGCCAUGUCCCGACCGGAUCAUAGAUGAUAUGGGCGGUGCGUUCGGCAUGGGUAUAACCGGAGGAUCCGUCUAUCACUUCAUCAGAGGAAUCUACAACUCUCCCGCCGGCGCUCGUCUCUCCGGCGGCGCAGAGUAUGUACGUAUGAACGUUCCUAAACUCGGAGGAAGCUUCGCCGUAUGGGGUGGUCUGUUCUCGACCAUGGACUGCGCCAUGGUGUACGCUAGACAGAAGGAAGAUCCAUGGAACUCUAUCAUUGCCGGCGCCGCCACUGGAGGUCUUUUAUCGCUGCGUCAAGGCUUCCGCGCGUCUGGUAGGGCGGCUUUGUUCGGAGGUGCGAUUUUAGCUCUCAUACAAGGAGUCCAGCUCGCUAAGGACAAAGUCGCGAGUGCUGCGCAGCAACAGCAGGUUUUCAUGGGUGAAGCGGCCUCCUUACCACCUGCUCAGGUUUAUGGACAGUCCGUGCCUGUGCCGGAGACUUCAUCUGCUUCGGAGGCAGGUUCGGGAUCUUGGUUUGGAGGUUUGUUUGGGAAAGGGAAGCAGAAGGGGUCUGAGGAUAAGAGUGGGAGCAAAACUCAGGUUCUUGAGAGCUUUGAUGCGCCUCCUGUCCCAACUUACGAGUUUAACUAAUCUGUCUGGAUUUAUUUUUUACUAAUAUAUAAGUUUUAGAGCUUAAUAAUUAGUUUCUAUGAUUAUUAUUCUGCAAAAAACGCUCGGUAAGGUUUUAUAAUGUUUUUAGUUGUUGACUUGGAUUAUUAUGAUGUCUGGUUGUAUGUAAAACUAGAAGUUAUUAUUACAUAUUGUCUGCACUCGUUCUGAAAAAAAUUGCUCAGUGUUUUUACUGAAAUUGAGAAAGUAAGGCGAAAGAAAAGUGAGAAGUGAAGAAAUUAUGAAAAAGUAACUCACAACCCAUCGAUUGAAUUGAACAAAUCGACACAGUAAACAUAUGUCUUAGACGACCGGAUAGAGCUAGUGUGAUCAAAGUAAAUCGACAAUAAUGUUAGUAAGUUAAGAUAGAUAUACUACGACAUCACCGAGAGAUAUAUAAUAGUAUUCGACAAUGUUGAUUUGUAACUAGUUGAGCUUAAUAGGAAGUCAUGGUCUUUGUUGAAAACUGCAGAAAAAUUGCAGAUUUUCUUCAUUUUUCUUUUGUUCUUGUUCGAAAAGAAAACAGAGGAAAGUUUUACCUAUAUAUCAGUAAGAGAGAGUGACAGAAGUAGAUAGAGAAAUAUGAAGUAGAGAAUUGAUUUUUGCUUGCUUAUUACACAAAAUUGGCCAUUACAUAUUUACAGAGAAAACAGAACACUCUUGAUCUUCUCCAUAUAGCCUUAUUUUUUACUUAGACUUAGGAGCACUCUCCAUAUAUAACCCAUAUUUUUUAACUUAUACUUGGACUACUGCAACAAGCAAACUCAAAGACUUUAACAUACCAACACAACAACUUUCAACACUCCUUGACUUUUUUUUUUUUGAAACACAACACUCCUUGACUUAUUGCUCUUCUUUUCCCACAUUUUAUGUUUUUCCGGUUUGAGAACAAAUAGGCAUCAUUCAACAGUCUUUCUUUCCAUUUACUAUUUCUCCAAAUACUUCUCAUUAGAUCGAGGACAAGUCACCCAACCUAUCGAGUAAGACAUAAUAUUAGAAAACAUAUUUUAUCUAAAUUUUUAGUAAUAUUUAUAUUUCUUUC